AUGCAACAAUUCACAAAUUAAAAAUAACUUGAAAAACAAAUUUGCACAUAAGUGUUUUCCCUUAAAAGCAAAGAACUUCGAACAGCUGAAAUGAAAUACAAAAGUGGUUUAAGAAUCAAGAAAAAAAUAAAAAAAAUUAUUCACAUCAUCAUAGUGGAAGAACAUUAACUCAGUUCUCCUCAUAACACUAACUAGUAUCUGCUUACUAAACACGAAUAUUAGAAGAUAAACUAGGAUAAGGAAUGCCCACCUCCAGGAAGUAUGUUACAAUUCCUUUUGAAAUCAGACAAGAUCAUAUAGUCAUAAUCCGAUACUAACAUUUAUGAAUAGAUCAAAAAAAUACUGCAAACAAAUUGAUAUCCAG